UUCUUCCGUGUCACAAAAGCGCUUGGAAGACCAGAAUUUGCAGAAGUAACCUUCCGUGGACGAAGUGUGCGGAGGACUUCAUAUGAGAUAAGAUGAGUACAUUCAACCUGUUACGGAGUGCCCCACGUGUCCUAGCUAAGCAGCCCAUCUGGGUGGCUCCAUCUAGAAAAAUUGCCCUUACUUCUAUUGCUCGGGAUGCACCUGCAACCACUGGUUCUAAAUCUGUCCUUCCAGGCCAUGAAUACUACCCAGGAAAAGAGGAAUAUAGCAUUGUUAUAGGUAACAGAGAAAUUGUAGGGUACGGAGAAGUCCCAUACUAUACAGAUUCAUUUAUGCAACCCUGCCCUGCUAUCAGAUUCAAGGAAGUUGAUGAGGCUCUUGGAAAACUCAGAGAAAAGGAAAAGGGGGACUGGAAACUAUUAACAUUGGAGGAAAAGAAAACUUUAUACAGAGCUAGUUUUAACUCCACUUUGGAGGAAGUCAAAGCCCCCUCAGGAGACUGGAAAAGAUGCUUGGGAGACAACGCUGUCUUAAUGGGCCUGGUCUUGAUCGCCAUGAGUGUUGUUGGAGCAGCAAAUCGGGAAAGUGAGCCCAUCACUGUGACCAAUGAGUGGGUGGACGCCCAGACAGAGUACCUCAUUAAGAGAAGAGUCCAGCCAGUUGAUGGCAUCGCUUCAUGGUACGAUUAUGAGAAGAACAAAUUCAAGCCCACCUGGUCCAUCUUUACUACAGAAGAAAAAUCUAAAUCUACCAAACUCCUGACUGAUCUUGAAAAAUAAGAGUGAUCAUUAAAAAGAAUUAAGACAGAGGGAAGUGAAAUUGUAAUACUAAAAGAGACAGGAUGUAACUUUAUCUUAACAUUUAAAAGUUUGUUUGUCAAUAAACUGAUAAAAAAAUGA